CCAAUCAGAGGCCACGCUGCUGCCAAUGUAGCAAGAAUGUAGCAGCGGCGGGGAAGGGUUUCCCUGCGCCUUCCCGCUUUGCUCUUUCUCUCUCUUUCUCCUGCGGGCAUAACGGGGAAGAAGGAGCCAUGGAGGGCUCGGAGCCGCUGCGGGAGGCGCCGUCUUCCUCCUCCGCGCUGGGCUCGGCGCUGCUGGCGGGCGCGGCGCUGGUGCUGGCGCUGUGGUGGCUGCUGUGCCGCCGGGCGCCGCGAGGCCUCCCUCCGGGCCCCAAGCCCUGGCCGCUGGUGGGCAACCUGGCCGUCGCGGGGCUGCCCGAGGUGCUGCGGAACAAGCUGGCCAUGAUGGGCGCCUCCUCCUCCUCCAGCACCAGCUUCAGGAAGUCCCUGCAGCGCUUCCAGCGCCCCCUCGCCCCGCACCUCCUCCUCACCGAGCUGGGCCGGGCCUACGGCAACCUCUUCAGCCUCUUCGUCGGCAGCCGCCCCAUCAUCGUCCUCAGCGACUUCGACACCGUCCGCGACGCCCUCGUCAACCAGGCCGAGGUCUUCAGCGACCGGCCCAGCAUCCCCCUCGUGGCCCUCCUCACCAAGAAGAUGGGUGUGGUCUUCGCCCCGUAUGGCCCAAUAUGGAGGAAACAGAGGAGGUUCUCCCAUUCAACUCUGCGUCACUUUGGUUUAGGAAAGCAUAGCCUGGAGCCAAAAAUCAUUGAAGAAUCCAAGUAUGUGAAGGGAGAGAUCCUGAAACAUGGAGAGGAGCCAUUCAAUCCCUUUCCUAUUAUCGGCAAUGCGGUAUCCAACAUCAUUUGCUCAAUGGCCUUCGGCCGACGCUUUGACUAUGAUGAUAUAGGGUUUAAGACCUUGCUGAGGCUCAUUUCGCGUGGUCUGGAGAUUACCUUGAACAACCAGAUUCUCCUGGUCAACAUCUGCCCUUGGCUGUACUACCUCCCGUUUGGAUGUUUCCGAGAACUCAGGCAAAUUGAGCUGGAUGUCACAGCUUUCCUGAAGAAAAUAAUAAUGCAGCACAGGGAAAGCCUGGAUGCCCAGAAUCCCCGAGACUUCACCGAUAUGUACCUCCUUCAUGUGGAUGAGGAAAAAAAGACCAACAGUGAAAGCAGCUUUAACGAAGAUUAUCUGUUCUUUAUUAUUGCGGAUCUUUUCAUUGCAGGCACAGACACAACAUCUAACACGCUGCUCUGGAGCUUGCUUUACUUGUCACUUCACCCACAAGAACAAAAAAAGGUUCAGGCAGAAAUUGACUUGGUCAUUGGACGAGAGAGGCCUCCUUCUCUUGCAGACAAGGCGCAGAUGCCCUUCACAGAAGCCACCAUCAUGGAAGUCCAAAGGAUGACAGUCGUCGUGCCUCUUUCUAUUCCUCGAAUGGCAUCAGAAACGACAAAGCUCCAGGGCUACACUAUUCCAAAGGGCAGCGUAAUCAUUCCUAACUUGUGGUCAGUGCACCGAGAUCCCAAGAUCUGGGAGAAACCAGACGAUUUCCACCCGGCAAGGUUUCUGGACGAAAAUGGCCAGCUCCUCAAAAAAGAAACGUUCAUUCCUUUUGGAAUCGGGAGGCGUGUCUGUAUGGGAGAACAACUAGCUAAGAUGGAGCUCUUUUUGAUGCUUGUGAGUCUCCUGCAAACUUUCACUUUUCAAUUUCCCGAAGAUGCAAAGAAGCCACCAAUGGAAGGAAGAUUUGGCCUAACGUUGGCUCCAUUUCCAUACAACAUAAUUGCCUUAAAAAGAUGAAGGAACCUCGGUCCAGAAUGAUGCAUGAAGCUUGUAAUAUUCCUAUGAAAUUCAGGGCUAUGUAUGAAUUGUAUUUCACUAACACAGUCACCAACCCUUGCGUGAGGGUUUGGGGGUCUUUCCGCUAACAGGGUGUCCAAAGCUCAUAAAGCACUUUCCCCUUCACCUGGGGACUCUUUCAUGUGUGGAAAACUUUUGUCUAUGAGAAACCAAACAAAGUUUGUAGUUCUCAAGAUUUGCAGUGUAACUGUAGAAAGUUGAAUAGGAAUCGAGUGGCACUUUUUUAUUAGUUUAGGAACAAAUGGGGAAGAAAACUUGAAAAGCAAAGUAAUGGAUGAUGAUAGCAGAUGAAAAUCAAGGCUCAUAAAGCACUUUCUCCAUAGCCUGUAGGGGAAAAAAACUUUUAUGUGAAAAGAAGCACUUUCUAGUCCUAAAAGAACUGCAGUGCAACUGUAUAAACAAUUGGAUAGGAAUCGAGAGGCACUUUAUAUUAAAUUAGGAGCAAAUGGUGAAGAAAAGUGAAAAUCAAAGCUAUGAAUGAUGAUAGCAAGUGAAAAUCAAUAGCACUGAAAGCAGCUUUGUAUUUGCCUAUCUCUUUCAUAUAAGAAUUUUGACACACUUUUGAAAGAAUUCAUUAAAGUACAGUACUCUUUUUUUUCUUUUCCUACUAGUCAGAUUUCUAGCCACCUUCACUGUGAAAAAAGAAAUCUUGUGUACCCACAGAUUCAAGUGCUGAUUCAGUCCUCAGGCUUGAAAUUCCCGAGUUUCAGGCAAACUGAAUGCUUAAAAAAUAAUAGUGCAUUGUUUGCACACCAGUUCAAUGACAUGGGCAUUUUAUUGUCUCCAAAAAUAAAAAAUAUUUAGGAUUUAAAUGUAGAAGAUCUGCUCCAGGGUCUUCCACAUGGGUUAAUGAUGUCACUGGUUCUAGACAAUCUGCAUUAUGCAUUAGCUGAAUUCAUCUUCAGUUCUGGAGAACUUGAUUUCAGUUGGGAUUGUGGUACGCAUGAGAUUGGAAGGAAGUGGUUGGACAUCCACAGCUCACACCAUAUUUGCCUAUGACCUGAGAUUUAUUUCAUUAUGUCCCUGUGCACUAUUAUGAAAACAGGAUUUUUUUAUGUUGGGGGGGGGGGGGGGGCGCGGCGGAAUAAUAUGUGUUCUUGACUUACCUGUAUUGUGAGUUUAACAUAGAGCUGAACUUCAUAGAGAACUUCAGCUAACUUGUAGCAUCUGUUUAGGUUUUAGCAGACGUGUUUAUGUCAGCUUCUAACAAACUGAUGCUCUCCAGAUUUUUGGAUUACAUAAAAUUACUGUAAUAAAAAAAUCUGGAGUGUGUCUGAUGAAGGAAGGCUGUACAGGGUGGGCCAAGAGUCACAAAAAGUGUUCGAUAUUUAUUAACUCCUUUAUUUUUUUUGUUUUUAAUUUGCAAUGCCAUAGCAACAUAUAUACUAAAGUAAAGGUUAAGGGUUCCCCUUGACAUUAAGUCUAGUCAUGUCCAACUCUGGGGAUUGGUGCUCAUCUCCAUUUCUAAGCCAAAGAGCCGCCAUUGUCCGUAAACAUCUCUUGGGUCAUGUGGCCAGCAUGACUGCAUGGAGUGCCGUUACCUUCCCGCUGGAGCAGUACCUAUUGAUCUACUCACGUUUCAAUGUUUGCGAACUGCUAGGUUGGCAGAGGGUGGUGCAGCGGAUUAAACCGCUUAGCUACUGAACUUGCUGACUGAAAGAUCGGUGGUUGGAAUCCAGACAGUGGCGUGAACUCCCGCUGUUAGCCCCAACUUCAGCCAACCUAGCAGUUUGAAAAUAUGCAAAUGUGAGUAGAUCAAUAGGUACCGCUCCGGCGGGAAGUUAACGGUGCUCCAUGCAGUCAUGCCGGCCACAUGACCUUGAAGGUGUCUACGGACAACAUCAGCUCUUCAGCUUAGAAAUGGAGAUGAGCACCAACCCCCAGAGUAGGACACGACUAGACUUAAUGCCAGGGGAAAACCUUUACCUUUACCUUAGGUUGGUAGAAGCUGAGUCUAACGACGGGAGCUCACCCCGCUCUGUGGAUUCAAACCGCCCACCUUUCAGUCAGCAAGUUCCACAGCUCAUGCAGUUUAACCCGCUGCACCAUCGUGGCCCAUUAUACACUAUACAUAGAAAAUUACAUUAUGUGUAAAAUCUUUUCUAAUCCCACCCCCCAAAAAAGCUGACACCUUUAUGACUUUUGGUCCACCCUGUACAUUUCAAACAGUCCAGUUCCAAACAAUUUGGAAAGUGUCCUUUACAAGAUUAAAAAUAACUUCAUACUGGCUGAUUUUACUGUAUGCAGGAUAAAGCCUUAUCCUAAUGUUCUCCCUGCCUUUCCUUCUCUUAACCAUGCAAGACUAUGAAAGUAGAAAUUAUGAUGCAUGUUUCAUGUUAGCCAGGAACAUUUUCCUGGUUCUUGUUAGUGAAUUUAAAGCAUGAAAUUAGGUGAGUGCAUUGCUUCGCUAUGGUGGCUGUUGGGAUCUGAGAGUUAAUGCACUUUCAUAAUGGUCACCUGAGAAAACGACAGGUAAAUAACAAUACCACUGCAUGUGUAUCAUACAUGUGUUCCCUGGGAAGGGAAACCAUACUGCCAAACUUCCGGCUGGCCUUUCUAGCAGGGGAUGCCCCAUUACAUUGUAAAUACAGGGCUCAUUUUUAAUUCAUUGUUAGAGAGAACAGUGAUGUGGUACUAAAGUAGCAAAAACCAACAUACAGACUAUAAAGCAUUGUACAGAAAUGAGCAAUAGCAAGCAUUUAAUUUGGGUUUGCCUUUAAGGGAGAUGGUGCUGACAUCCUUAGACAUUUUUCAAUCUUCAGUAGCAGAGCUAAAACUGCACUUUCUGGCUUUAAACUGAACAAUCUUAGAAUGACAAAACGUGUAAGAAACAAAACGUAUAGCUAAGCUGGUGAUGCAACUGAUCUUUUAUAUGGCAUGCAAGGCCUCUCAUAACAAGCCAGUCUUUUAAUGAAGCACUUUAUAUUCUUUCUUCCUCUUGAUCCAAAGAUCUUCAUUUCUCUUUUAAUAGGCUUGAAUGGCCUCACCAAUGAUGAUGUAUAUGUAGCUUGCUGAUGUUUCUUUUGCAUCGCUUUGAAUUUGAGUAUGAAGGAUUGGAUUACUGGCUAAAGCUAGCAUUGAGACCAUUGCUCUUUUUUAAAAGGUGCCUAUAUUUCUACAAACAGACUGAGAUCUGUCUCUCAGUGUAAAUCUUUGUCUAAAUUAAACUUUUUAAUUAAAAAAGCA